GGCGGGGCUGUACAGGGGGGGGGGCUGGAGGACCGGGGUCAGUGGGGCGGCGGCUGCGGAUGAGGAGGUAGUGGAAGGACGGUCGGUUAAUGUCAUGGCCCCCGGAGCCGCGGCCGCGCUCUUAUUCCUCCUGAGCGCCGCCUGGGGCUCGGCCACCCUCUCCCCCUCCCUGCAGCGGCCCGUGCGCGGCUGCCCAUGCUCCGACCCCGCGCUCUGCCGCCCGUUGGCCGGGAGCAACCAGCUGGAGGUUUUUGUCUUUGAUGUGGGCGGUCAGGAUUGGAAACAAUAUGACUGGUCGAAAAUGACAACCAUCGCAACCUUUGGAGCGUUUGACCCUGAGCUUGUGUGCUAUGCUCACGCAAAUGAAGUACGGGUUGUUCUCAAAGGGGACGUGCGGAUCAGGGACAUUGUGGAUCAAAUCAACAGGACAGCCUGGAUCCUCAGUAAGGUCAACCUGGCCAAAAGCCAAUUCAUGGACGGGAUCAAUCUGGAUCUGGAGGAGGCUGUCACCUAUCAAUCUGUCGAAUACUUUGUGCUGACUCAACUUGUCAAAGAAACCACAGAAACAUUCCACCGGGAAAUCCCAGGCUCCCAGGUUACGUUUGACGUGGCUUGGUCUCCUGAUUGCAUAGAUGGCCGAUGCUACGAUUACAUUGAAAUUGCAAAUUCCAGCGACUUCUUGUUUGUCAUGUCCUACGAUAUGCAGAGUCAAAUGUGGGAUGAUUGCUUUGCCAAAGCCAACGCACCUUACUACCAGACUUUAUCAGGUAUCCAUGCAUAUCUUAACCUGCAUAUUGACCCUAGAAAGCUGGUGUUGGGAGUUCCAUGGUAUGGAUAUGAUUAUCCUUGCACCCAGUUAUUUGAGGCUGGCAGGUGUGCGUUGAAAAAUGUCCCUUUCAGAGGAGCUCCUUGCAGUGAUGCAGCUGGGAAACAGAUCCCAUACAAAAAGAUCAUGCAGCAAGUGAACAAAUCCAUCACAGGCCGCUUUUGGGAUGAUGAUCAGAAAUCGCCGUACUACAUCUGCAUGGUCAACAACACGUACCACGAGGUCUGGUACGACGAUCCACAGAGCAUUUCAAUGAAGGCGGGCAUCGUGAAGAAGUUUAACCUGCGUGGUGUGGGCAUGUGGAACGCCAAUCUGCUGGACUACGGAAACAAUGCCACAGCCCAGAAACAGACGGGUGACAUGUGGAACGCUCUGCACCCUCUGUGACGCGGGUACCGACAAGCAACCAUCUCACCGCAGAAUGCAAUCACUUUGUUUCGCAACCAAUCUUUACACAGGAACUAGUUUCCAACGUCAGAAAACACUCCAUCCUCGCAUACAAUUUCUCAUUCAAUUGUCACUGUUGAUUGCAAAGAAAUAUUUAUUAAUUCAGGAUGUGCAAAAUCAUUUACAGAUAUGCCAAAUCAGUAUUAAUGUUUAACAGUACAAACUCUAAAGCACUUGCCAAUAUUUUCUGGUAAUACAUGAAAUAAUUCUGCUUUCAGAUGGGCUGUUUAGUAGUUCUGACAGACACAUACAUCCUAUCUGCUUCAGACAUAUAUUACUUUUGGCUGUCAUUGUUUUAUGAUUUUGCACUGAAUUCUAAUUUUGUAGCUGAGAUGGUUACCUGGAUAACUUUACAAAGGCACUAUCAUUAUUAUUCUACCUCUUGAUGGUUUUGUGGUUGUCCAAUACCUGCAAGGCAACUUAAUGCAAGCUUUGUUUCUUUUACCAAAUAAAACAGUUUCUCAAAUG